AUGCCUACCGCCACGGCAAAGAUUGCCGGCAAUGUCAUUGCCUCCUCCAACAACUAUCAAACCGUCGAGGGCAACAUCUACUUCCCCCCGGAUUCCGUUGAUCAAUCAAUUCUAUCCUCAUCAAACACCCACUCAACUUGCCCAUGGAAAGGAAAGGCAAGCUACUAUAAUCUCACUGUCGAUGGAAAGACUCUGAAGGAUGCCGCCUGGUAUUAUCCAGUUCCUAAGGAGAAGGCCACUCAUAUCAAAGACCAUGUUGCUUUCUGUACGUGA